AUACACAGACAGUGCUCUAUUCUAAAUCAACUUACUUUCUACGCACACAGCUACCCUCUUUCAAUUUCAAAUAUAUAAAACGACAAAGUUUCGUGUAUUACAUAUCUGAACCUCAGUUGAAUAGAGUCAGAAGCAGAGAAUGGGAAGGGCACCUUGCUGUGAAAAGGUAGGGCUGAAGAGGGGGCGGUGGACGGCGGAGGAGGAUGAGAAAUUGACCAAGUAUAUUGAAGCUAAUGGGGAAGGGUCAUGGAGAUCUCUGCCUAAGAAUGCAGGGUUAUUGAGAUGUGGAAAAAGUUGCAGACUAAGAUGGAUUAACUAUUUGAGAGCUGACUUGAAAAGAGGAAACAUUACUCCUCAAGAGGAAGAAAUUAUUUUCAAGCUACAUGCUUCUCUGGGAAAUAGAUGGUCUUUGAUAGCCAGCCACUUGCCAGGAAGAACAGACAACGAGAUAAAGAACUAUUGGAAUUCUCAUUUGAGUAGGAAAGUCCACAUCUUUAGGAGACUUGGAAAUGAGCGUCUACAGCCGAUAAUUGAUAAAGCUAAGAUCAGCCAUAGCAAUAUUGCAAGCAACAGUAAACCAGGAGGUAGUAAAAAAAGUAGAUGCUCAUUCAAGAAUAACAAACGACACGCAAAUAAUAACAAUAACAACAAUAAUAAUAAUAACAGUAAUAAUAAAGAAGCUCCUCCUGCUGCUGCUACUGCUGCUGCUGCUUCUUUGCAACCAAUGCCACAAACACCUAUCCCACAGACAGACACUUUGAUUCUGGACCAGUUAGUAGUAGUAGAAGACAAGGACGAAACGGAUCUUGUGAGUUAUCCAUGUCGAGAAUCCAUAGAAGGGUUAAUUUUGGAUUCAAGCAAAGAAAAAAGCAUAGAAGCUGAAAAAUUAUUACAAGAAAAUCAGUUAGGGUUUGAUGCAGAAAUGUUGUUUUGCGAUGAUGAUAUUAUACAAAACGAGUUGCUGGAAACCCUAACUACGAAGGAGGAGAGGGGAAAUGAGAUGACUGAGGUUCUGAGUAGUCCAAAUUACAAAACUAGUAGUGAAGGAGAAUUUGGUAAUUCUACUAAGUCAUGUAGUGAUGACACCUAUGAUUUAUACUCUAGUUCUUCAAUGGCUUCAUGUUUUGAAGAUUACAGGUUUGAUUGGAGCUGGGAAGAAAUUAUGCAAGAAAAUAAUGUAAUAUGUUCACUCUGGGACAGUGAUAAUGACUGCUGGGAAGGAGAUGAUAAAGGACAGCAAGUGCAGCAUAUGGGUUAUGGCAACAUAAAUGUGAUCGCUAGUUGGCUUCUUUCUUGAUUGAAUUUGCAGAAAAAGUUGAUAUCGUUGAGACAAUUAAUAUCUGGGUUUCCAUUAUUGUUCGCUAAAUCCAAGAGGAGCACGUCUUUACUUGUUAGCAUAGCAGUACACAAUAUCUGAGAGUAUGUUUUCUUUUUACAGUCUGUAGAAGUGUCAAAUGUGUGCAAUUGUAGUUUUGUAACGUUAAUGUUUGCUGUAGAGAGACUAUAAUAAUAAGAGAGCUUGGUUUAGAGAAUGUCCAAUGCUAAUUAUCAUAUAAAAUAAAAUAUAUGAACGGUGAUAUGGUUGAAUGUUUA